AACAAAAAUAUUUAAGGUUUCAAUUUUCAGUGAUACAGAAAGUCAUUAAGGUUUUGUAGAGAUCAAAACGUCCGGCAAAAAAUUAAGGACAAAAAUUUCGAACCCUAACUGAUCCCAUGCAAGCUAUACCCAGAAUCGGUCUAUUUUCACAGGGAGGGCAUGCCUUCAAACUUGUCAUAAGAAGGGGUUUCUACCCUCAAGUUUGCAAAGGAGGUGUUUUGAAAGUUUGUUGAAGAUGAGCAGAGCUCUAAGCAUGAUUAGCUUUGAUUGUCCAAGAAGUUGUGCAGGUUUGAUUGAAAAAUCAUGCAGCAACAAGCUGAAAUUUGGGAUGCAUUUUCGACAUGAAAAAAGAUUUAAGGCAAAUUGCAAGUUGACCUCAGAACAUUCAAUUGGGCAGUGUAACUAUUCGAAUCUGAAGAUCCAUCCGGAACAAGCAAUUACCAGAAGCAGGGUAGCUAGAGCAGACAGCCCAUAUUUUCAAGAUGACGAUGACCUCAGUGCAGAGUCAUUUUUCAUAAACCUUGGAAAGCAGUUUCUCAGGGAUAUCAAAUGGGCAUUAUUGUUUUUGUGGGAGCAACCAGGAGAACUAAGACAUAUAGAGUGGCCAUCUUUGCAAAGCACACUGAAGACAACAACUCUUACAGUUCUGCUGGUGAUUCUUCUAGUUAUUUUCUUUUCUUCUGUUGAUUCUGCUUUAAGUUUUUUGUUCGCUUCAAUCUUUAAAUGAAGCCCCUAGGUGUUGUUUUAGUUAACCUCUUCUGGAGGAAAGAAAAAGGCAUUAGAAGAAAGAGCAUGCUGUUUCUGAUGGGGAAGCUUUGGGUUCGGUUUUGGAAUUUGAUAAUUUGAGUCUAAUGAUGUUGAAAUAAUAUACCAGCUGAUUCUAACACGUGAUAUUUAUUUUAGCUAUUAUUUAUUGAGUAAAUUUAUUGCUUGGAGAGCGAAGCCAAAAUCUGAAUGCUCUGUGAUACCCUUUACUCUCUUAAGGGAAGGUUCAGUCAAGCAGUGAAACCUGAAAAUUGAGGCACAAUUAAUGACAACAGUUGACUGAAACAUAAAAAAUGAUUCAGAUUUUCCCAUGUUGCAGCCUCCUUUUUUCAAUGACGAAUUAUAUUGGUUGGUGACUAAA